CAUGCUUCUGAGUUACAGUGAAGUUGAGAAUCGAAGCUACAACAGAACUGUAGUCCUCUAUACUUGUGAGACCUUAGAAACACCCUUAAAAAAGAGAGGCAGGGUCUAGACUGGUUGUUAUAUUAUCUAUUUGUGAAUGGGGUCCCCAGAGAAAUAGAAAUGUGCCAGCGAGGCAGCAACUGUCUUAGGUGGUACACUAUUACGACAUACAUCCAAACUGAUUUGAAUUUAAGUCUUCGUCCAAGAGAAACAUGACUUCAACAUUAGCCCUUUGAUUCUUUCAUCCAUAUUCAUAGAACUGUAGAAAAACUUUAAGCGUUUCCUGCCCACAUUAUCUCAUUCGAACCUUACACUCUCUUUAGCUCACCUCAGACAGCCCCAAGGAAUUGAAGUUUAAAAGCAAUCAGUGCCAACCUUUUUUGCUUUGCUCUUUAGUCUCUAUAUCUUCCUCUCUGUUUAAUGCUGAUUCUCUAUACUAGUACCAAUUCUUCUUCGUUAUCACUAUCCAAAGAUGAAAGGCAUAGAAAUCUUCUGCGCUUCGCAAGCCUCAACAGCCAUAUGUGUUAGUACGGAUGAAGCCUCCUCUUCCUCUUCUAAAUCUGUUCAACUCGGUGGACGAGCCAUCGACCGCCACAACCCCAUCAUCAGAGAUUCAAGAAGAGCCCCGUGUGCUUCUCCUUCCUCCUCGCCUCUGCCACCAAAAGAUCCAAAACCUCAGGAGCAACCCCAAAAGGCCAAGAAAAACUCAUCUUCAAAGCCGAGGGACGAGAACAAGAGGAACUCAAGGAAGGGUCAUGAUCAGAGGAAGAAAAGUGCUGCGGCAAGGCUGACUGAACAUAUCACAAACAGUUACUCUUCGAAGCCACUUGAAAGUAUAAUUCGAAGAAGCUGGGUUAGGCCACCUCCAGAUUUGAUCACUCCUCCAGGUUCUUCCAGAUAUCUGCUUACUGAGACUUCCGUGUUGGAUGGCUUGUCCAACUAUGACCCAGUUUUGGCCUUGACUCCGUUUGAUGAUAACAACCAGAAGGCUCAACCUGUUCAUCAGGAUGAAACCAAUCGUACUUCUAAACCCUCCACUUCUUCUCUCUCAAGACCUCCUUCCUCAGACAAGGUAGUGGUAUUGAGGGUUUCUCUGCACUGCAGAGGUUGUGAAGGAAAACUCAGGAAACAUCUCUCCAGAAUGGAAGGAGUUACGUCCUUCAACAUAGAUUUUGCAGCGAAAAAGGUGACAAUAGUUGGAGACGUGACUCCAUUGAGUGUAUUGGCAAGUGUGUCGAAGGUGAAGAAUGCACAGUUCUGGCCAGUACCCGCAACCCCAACAGCUGAAAUUAGGAAAUGAAAUUAAUAAUUUAUAUUGUCGAAGAAAAAGAAAUUUAGUAGAAUAUUGCGGUGGAGCAGUAUGAUUUUUAAUGUGGAUCAGGUAAUGAUUUAAUUAGUGUAAAUUGGAAGCGUUGGCAAGUGUGGUUGCCGAUUUGGAUCAUGUAAACUGAAAAGCGCUGACGAGGUAGGAAAGUUGAUGUAGCCGAGAAAAUAGUGUCGUCCUAAUGCUUUAUUAGUGUCGGAGUUUGAAUUGAAUUUGCUUAAUAAUUUUGCUUUCCUUUUCGUUAAUCCAAUCCAAGCCACGCUUUCUGAAAUGGAUGGAUGAAUGAUUGGAUAUUGCAAUCUCAAUCAAACAUGCCUACUUUUCCACAAUUAUGAUUAUUUACGCCAA